AAAUACUGGAACAACAUCCCAUCCCUGUUGAGGAGGUCGAAGAAACUCGUCUGCGAUCCAAACAUUACACGGACACCAGUGCGGAGAUAAUGGCGGGCCUUAAUUGUGAUGGUACACGGGGUGUGUGGGCACUCUCAAAGCGUCUCUGAUGUGCUGUAGAAGCUGAGAGUACCAUGAGUGAAACCCAUUUGAGGAGGGUAUUGGUGGAAGAUAUACCAUCGCUCGUGGCGUGCCACACCGUAGCGAGCCAGUCAGCUGAUUUGGCCCCAGUACACAGUGCCAGGGUGAGGAGCUCCCACGCCCACGUCAUGGAGAAGAGGACGGUGGCAGAUGGCACCACCCACGUCAUCGACAAGAGGCCACUGACAGAUGGGGUCGCUCAUAGCUCUGGGCUUGCCACAGAGCUAAGGGAGAAACUGACCAUCAAGAUUGGUGUUAUGAAUGGCAUGAAGAUUGGCACCACAGAUGCUGAGGUGCAUGUGCCAUCGGUUAAGUCAACCAAGUCACUUGUGUUAGAGGAGCAGUGUUCAGAGUCUAGUCAUGAUUCCGCGUCCAAAUCUGAUAUCAACGGGACGGUGUGUAAUGGCCACUCUGUGUCCGAAGCGACCAGUAGCAAUAGUAUCGCAAUUUCAGACACAUUUUCCAUAAAUUCAGAAAAGUCUUCGGACUCCUCCCAUUCAUUUUCUGGUGCUCGACCAAGGACAAGAAACACAUCUAACAGUUCACAAAGCACACAACCUAAAAGUGAGAACGAUCUUAGCUCAACCAGUGAAAGUUUAAUAACUCCGGAAAUUUGCAUAAGUCCUGUUCCAUUGAUUGUAGACAAUGAUCUGAAAGUAGACUAUGUUAAUUAUGAAAAUGAAUUACAAAUGUCGGCCAUAAUGAGGCUAAUUCAGAAGGAUUUAUCGGAACCAUAUUCAAUAUAUACUUAUAGAUAUUUUAUACAUAACUGGCCCAAACUGUGCUUCCUGGCUAUGUCCGGUGGAGAGGUAGUUGGAGCCAUUGUCUGCAAGUUAGAUGUGCACAAGAAGGUGACAGUGAGAGGAUAUAUUGCCAUGCUUGCUGUUGAUCACAGGUUUCGAAAGAGAAAAAUAGGGUCAAACUUGGUACAGAGAGCAAUACGGGCCAUGGCAUCUGAUGAUGCAGAUGAAGUUGUGCUGGAAACCGAGAUUACCAAUAAGCCUGCACUUAGUUAUCAAAACUUAGGAUUUGUCCGAGACAAACGACUCUUCCGGUACUAUCUUAAUGGAGUGGAUGCUCUGCGAUUGAAACUUUGGCUCAGAUAAAAUAAAGAAUGGACUGAGGGUUCAUGAGAGUGAAGAGCAUCCCAGGAGUAUGUGAUGCAACAGCCAGUGUCACUGAGGGUUGUUCAGCUGCUUUUUCUGACCCAGCUGGGUGGGCUCCAGCUGAUGAUUGUAAGACUUGCAACCCUACACAUAACCCUAGUAUGCUGUGAGGAACUGCGUUCAUGUAGAGGGAAUCGCGUGAUAGCAGCAAGAGUUAAAUCAAAGUAAUAAGUUCUUAUAUUUUGCUUGGAGCAGACUGCUCUAGCUGUGAUUAUUAUGAGAGAUUCAUUGCAAGAAUUUUCUUUUUGUAAUUGUAAUAUAUUUUGAGUGAAUUUAUUAAUAGUCUUAUAUGAUGAAAGAUUUCUGUGUUUUUUUCCCUGUUUUGUAUUCUGAUAAAACAUACAUGUAUUUGACCACUUUUUGGCUGGAUGUGCUGCGUAAAGGAAGUCAUCAGAUGUAAACAUGACAAACAACAGCUUUCUUAGAUGCAUUGUAUGAAGAGAGUUUUGUAUAUGAUAGUGACCUGCAAUAUAUCCAAAGUAAACAAGUGACAGCUGUUGUUAUUGUUUUAUUUUUAUCAGUGUUUUGUUGAACUACCAAAGUACUUUCUAUAGCUGGUUACACAUCAAAGGGGCAGUUGUGAUAUAUUCAUAACACAUAAUAGGCAUUGAAUAUGAGUACCCAUUUUUUCUGGUCCAUUUACUUCCAUCUUUCAGAACACUGUUUGCCAUUCUCUGUAGAAAAUUAAAUUUACUUUUUUGUUCUUUGAUGGGUAAUUUUUAUUAAUAAAUGUUAUAGAUGAUAAAAUUUGUAGUUAUAAUUAACUAGUUUUCAUACAUGUAAAUUUAAUUUUCUGUCAGUAUCAGUGUCAUGUAUGCCUUUCCCACAUCCAAAAGAGACUGGUGUGUGCAGUGUGUUCAUCAAAUGCAUCAGCUAGUGACCACUUUCAAACCCUCAGGUGUACAAGAUGCUUAAAGGUAUUUGCUGAAGAUUCCUGCUUGCUGGUUUAGCUGUUCAUAUUUGAAGCCAUCACCACUUACUAUCACUAAAUUAAGAAUGUGUGAAAAAGGUGAGGGUUAUCCUGUAGUAUUUACCCAAAAAAGAAAACACUUGGAAGGAUUCAGAGUAAUGUGAAUAUAAAAUAUAUAAUUCAGUCACACAGUGAAUUUGAAUUUACAUCUUAUAUUGUAGGUUUGCUUUACUAAUAAAGAAAAAUUAUAAAGUGGGAGGCAUGCAAUGAUAAGGGAAGGUUGAAGAAAGGGGAGGGACUUAUCCUAUAAGAACAAAAUUAUAUCAGCAACCUUUGAAGCGAAUGUAAAAUUUGUACACCAGCAGACUACCAACUGGUAUUAUUAUGUGACUGGCCAAAGAAAACAGCUGUCAGUGGGAGACAAGGCACAAACUCCUUCACUUCCCACGAUAGUGCUUCCAUAUAUGACCGAUGCCAUCCGGCCUAGUACUUGGUAAUUUUUGUAUUGCAUAUCUUAAAUUACCUAUAGUUGAAUUUGAAAAGAUGAAAAUUUACUCUGAAUUUUUAUUAUGGUAUUGUAUUACAUUUUUUCAUGAGUUGAGCAGCAAAGACUAGUGCAUAUUAAUGAUUCAGCAUAUGGAUGAUUGUUGGUUGUUUUCACACCCUUUAUGAUAAAUUGUUUGUCCUUGAGAGUGAAUACUAUCUCUAUGAAUCAUACCAUGCCAUAAUGAGUCCUGUGUUAUAGUAACAUAAUCUCACAGAUCCUACCUCCUCUCCUACAACCUGUUGUGUGCCUCAGCUAGGCAGCCCCAGAAAAGUUAAAACAAAAAUUUUGAAAAAUUGUGUCGUCAUGGAUAAUUGCAAUUAGAUCACUGCAUAAUUGAAAGUAUAGGUUAUUAUUGAGUUGAAAAAAAAAUUUAUUUCUGUAGAAUUGAAUAACAAAAGUAGUAAAAUGUUUUGAGUUCUUUUAUGAUGCAAAAUUUGUGCCAUGAAUGCAUUGCAUAGCAUUAUUUUACCGUAAAAUAAUUGUAAAGCUCUGCCAAGCUGUAAUUGUAUAUUGCAGUAAUGAGAUUUUGUGUGGGUACAUUAGGCAUUUACUUCAUCAUGAUGUAGAGCGCCGAUUAUCUCAACGAACUCAACAUUUUGCUAUCAGAAUUAAUUUUUAGACAUCUCUGUACAGAAAAGUAAUGUCAUUCAGAAAGGUUCAAAUAAUUCAUCUCAUUCAUAUAAUUUUAUUUAUAAAUUUUUUAUGCCAGGAAAUCCUAGCUGGUUAAGAAAUAUAUGGCUUGUUCCAGGUUUAGUCAGUAAACAGUCAUUUAAUUGAACGUUAGUUGAUUGACGCUCUACUGUGUUUAUUAACUUAGUCUUACACAGAAAGCUUUUCCCAAAAUUGACAAUGAUUUUAGGGAGAAGGGCUGCAGACUGUGUGGCUCGUCUAUUGUGUUUAAAGAUUAUGCUCAGACAUGAUUCUUGACAUUGUGUAUUUUAUUAUAGAGUAAUAUGUUAAUAUAUAACAUAUUCAUUAAAAAUAUAUUUUAAAA